AUGUCGCAUCGACGCGCCGUGCCCGAACCUAAUGACGCGUUCCAAGCAUUGACCAACACCCAUGACAACGACGACGACCCUGUGCGCGUCUGGAAGUCGACGUCGCUGGCCGAUUUGGCCGCCACAAUGACGUCGGGCCUGCUGCCGUACCGUCUCAACACGGACGUCGAGAUCCUUGACAAGAUCCUCGGCCGCGGGGCGUACGGCGAAGUCGUGCUUGGUCGCUAUGGAGGCAAACUCGUCGCUGUCAAGCGGCUCCGCGCCGACAACUACACGGUCGCCCACAUGGAGAUGCUCAUCCAAGAGAUCGAGCUCAUGGCCCGCUUUUCGAGCGAAUACCUUGUCGCGUUUGUCGGUGCCAGCUGGUGCACAUUUGCCGACAUGAAGUGCGUCGUCGAGUUCAUGGGUCAAGGGGAUUUGCAGCAGUACCUCUCCAGCACCAAGGACGGCAACGAGAGAUUAUUUCCGUGGUCGGCGAAACUGCAGGUCAUGCGUCGCAUGCUUCGUGGCCUCGUCUACCUCCAUGGCGCCAGCGUGAUCCACCGGGAUUUGAAGUCCCGCAACGUGCUUCUCAACGACGCAGGCGAGGCCAAGCUUGGGGACUUUGGGAUCGCUCGCGAGGUCUCGGAAGAAAGCAUGACGAACGCGGUCGGCACGUACCGCUGGACGGCCCCCGAGGUACUCAAGGGCAAGCACUACGACGAGAGAGCGGACAUUUAUUCGUUUGGGAUGAUUCUAACCGAGCUCGAUACGCAUGCGCUGCCGUACGCUGACAUGGUCAACGACCGCGGCCAGGCGCUUGGCAACUUUACCAUCAUGUACAAGGUGAUGCAGGGAACGAUCCUCCCGACGCUCUCGCCCACAUGCUCGCCAUGGCUGCGAGACCUCGUCUACGAGUGCAUCGCACACGAGGCCAGCAUGCGCCCGUCGGCCGCGGACCUUGACGCGCGCCUCGCCCACGUCGAUCCAUCAUCGCCCUUUUGACCAAGAAAUCGUAC